CGCAAGAUCGCUCUCCGCUGUUUGGGGGAUAUAUUAUUUAUUUUUUUCGACUCUCUGGGGUCUUGAGAUUCGAGCACCGAGAGAGCGGUGGCGAGAGAUUGGGGCAAGUGGUGUGGAGUGGUGCUGCUGGUGGAUCGCCAGUCGGUGGUGGAUCGUUCAGUGAGUCCCCAAGCGUUGUCGCAUCCACUAAUAUCGCGCUUUCGUCGCGGAUCGGUCGGUACUUUAUUAACGGUAUUGCUGCACGCAUCUGGCGGCAAUUGGCAAAUUGGCAGCGAGAAGCCCGCGCUAAUAAUACACUUUCAAAAUCGCCAAAUCGGAGGAUCGCAAAUCCAUAUCAAGCAUACGCCCAACCACCGUCAAUUAUCUUAGCUGAUAAUAGAGCGAACGACCAGAGGGAACGACAAGAUGCAUGUGCCAUUAUAAAGAUAAAGGGAAGGAACAUUUUGGAGCAGUAUCAUAGCAACUAAGCAGGUCCUUGUUAUAUAUGGAAAACCGAUAACUGAUAUUACUAUAUUAGAGUACAGUGAUCUUGAGUGUUAACUUUUUACCUACAUAUAUAGAACCCGCUCAUUCAAACAUAUAGCACCUAAAAUGGGUAAAGAUUACUACAAAACCUUAGGGCUGCCAAAAACUGCCACCGAUGAUGAGAUUAAAAAGGCCUACAGGAAACUGGCCCUGCGUUAUCAUCCUGACAAAAACAAAGCCGCCAAUGCCGAGGAGAAAUUCAAGGAGGUCGCCGAGGCCUACGAGGUCCUUUCAGACAAGAGCAAACGGGAAGUUUACGACAAAUACGGAGAGGAUGGUCUGAAGAGUGGAGGCACACGAAAUGGUGGACCCUCGAGCAACACGUUUACAUAUCAGUUCCAUGGGGAUCCGCGGGCGACCUUCGCCCAGUUCUUUGGCAACAGCAACCCGUUCUCCUCGUUCUUCGACAUGGGCGACAACCUGUUCGACAAGAACGUCUUCGACCUGGACACGGAACCCGACUUCUUCUCAUCGCCCUUCGGCGGCAUUGGAUCGCGGCACGGUCUGGGCAGUGCCUUCAGGCCCUCUUUCAGAUCACACUCCUUCAAUGUGCACACGCCGUUCAAGAAGGAGCAGAAGCAGGAUCCGCCCGUCGAACACGAUCUCUAUGUGACGCUGGAGGAGAUCUACCACGGCUGUGUUAAGAAAAUGAAAAUCUCCCGACGCGUCGUCCAGUCGGACGGCAGUUCGCGCAAGGAGGACAAGGUCCUGCAGAUCACCAUCAAGCCCGGCUGGAAGUCUGGCACCAAGGUCACCUUCCAGAAGGAGGGCGACCAGGCGCCGGGCAAAAUCCCCGCCGACAUUGUGUUCAUCAUCAGGGACAAGCCGCACGCCAUGUUCAAGCGCGAAGGCAGCGAUCUUCGCUACACGGCGAGACUGACGCUCAAGCAGGCUCUGUGCGGCGUUGUCUUCCAAGUUCCUACCAUGUCCGGCGACAAGUUGCGCAUUAGCACCAUGCAGGAGAUCAUUAAGCCGAGCACGGUGAAGCGGAUCCAGGGAUACGGACUGCCGUUUCCCAAGGACACGACGCGCAAGGGCGAUCUCCUGGUAGCCUUCGACAUCCAGUUCCCGGAGAAGCUGACCGCCGCUCAGAAGGAAGUGCUCAGGGACAUGUUAUGAGCGACGACUCAGACUCAGAUUCACACACAGUCCGAACCCGGAUCGGAUAUAGUCAUCUACACAAACAACACCGCACUAAAACCAAACCGAGUCCAUCUUUCAAUCUAUGUCCUACUCAUUGUUUAACACCACAUCGAGAUCUUGCUCCAUUUUGCUUGUUUUUGUGUUCAGUGAAGCGUUUGCACAUUUCUUACAGGAAACUCCUUCUUAACAAUCGGUUUUGCUCAUCUGCGCCACCAACUCGUUUGCAUAAUAUAUAUGUUGACCAUAGUUAUUAUAUCAUUAAUUCUUAAUUUAUUUGUCUAAAUUAAAGCUACAUUUAAUAAAAUUACACACACGGAAUACAUGUGGAAGAAAAAACAAGCGAAA